AUGAUGAUCUUUAGAGCCUCAGAACAUAAUACAGACAGUUAUUUAAGUCACAGAAUUGUAUUUGAUAAAAUGCCGUAG